ACCGAUGGAUGGCAUCGGCGACGAGGUCGUCCUCACCAGGGCCGAGAUCACGGACGCCGCGGCGGCCACGUUCGCGGACUCCACCGUGAUCCCCGACAGGUACGCCCGGCCGGACGAGGUGAGGGACGGGGUCGUGGUGGGCGACGACGAGAGCUACGAGCUGCCGCUCGUAGACAUGGCGAGGCUGCUCGACUCGGAGUCCUCGGAGGCGGAGACCGCCAAGCUUGGCUCCGCGUGCCGAGACUGGGGCUUCUUCCAGCUAACAAACCACGGAGUCGACGAAUCAGUUGUGCAAGACAUGAAAGAUAGCACCAUGCAGUUCUUCCGCUUGCCGCUGGACAAGAAGAAAGCAGUGGCCACCCGGGCCGGCGGCUUGGAAGGGUUCGGGCACCACUUCGCCGGAGCAUCCUGCGCCAAGCUGGACUGGGCAGAGAGCCUAAUCCUCCUCACGCAACAAAAGGAGCAGAGGAGCAUGGAGUUCUGGCCGGCCGAUCCGGCGAGACUCAGGCCCUCACUGGACAGGUACUCGCUCGAGAUGUCGCGCCUCACGAGCCGCCUCCUGGGGUUCAUGGCGAGCGACCUCGGGGUGGAGCGGGAGGCGCUGGCCGGGGCCUUCCGGGGCAAGAGGCAGAGCGUGGCCCUGCACCACUACCCUCCGUGCCGGCACCCGGACAAGGUGCUGGGCAUCACGCCGCACCACGACGGCCUCGGCCUGACGCUGCUGCUGCACGUGAACGACACCCCCGGCCUGCAGGUGAGGAGGGGCGGCAGGUGGUUCCCGCUGGACCCGCUGCCGGGCGCCCUCGUCGUCAACGUCGGCGACAUCCUCCAGGUCCUGACCAACGGCAGGUACAGGAGCGCCGAGCACAGGGUGCUGGCGGACGCCGGGAGAGGGCGGGCGACCGUGGUGGUGUUCCAGGACACGUGCGUUGCCGGGACGGUGAGGCCGCUCCCGGGGCUCGGCGAGGCCAGGUACAGGGCGAUCGAGUACGUUGAGUAUCUCAAGGGGAAUUACAGGGGGCUGGCUGAAGGGACCAGGUUCGUGGAUAGCCUCGAGAUCAGUGUGGCGUAGGAUGGCGGGCGCCAAAUGCACAAGUUGUUGGUUUUUGGUGUUAGAGCAUCUUCAAGACUAGUACAUUCCUUCAUCAAAAAUAAAAAAGAGAGCCUCUACACAAUGGUUUCCCACUCGAAUUAUUUCACUUGCAAGUGCGUUUGUACAAUGUGUGUGCAGGGGAGAGCCUCCCUUUCCUGGGUAAAUACAUGCUGCGUGUAGCAGUGGCGGAGCCAGAAAAUUCAGACAAGGGGGGCCAACUACUGUUAAAUCUUAUUAGGAAGGGCCAAUCCAUGAAAAAACACCAAUUUUAGCAAAAGCAAAUCACUGUUAUUAUUCAUUAUAAGCUUAAAUCACUGAUGUUAGGGGGGGCCAGGGCCCUGGCUGGC